AUAUUCAUACGAAAUUUAUGUGAAUAAGUUUCUACAUUUUUUUGUGUUCGUCUUUGUUACAAACUCAUAACGAAAGUCGAAAUAUUGGUACUUUUUAAUAUUAAAUGUUUCGUCAGAAAUUUUUCUUUCGAAAUGAUGCAUAAGUGGAUUGUGUUAUUAGUUAAUUCUUCAAUUGAAUUGAAUCCAAUUGAAUUAUGAGGAUUAGUUAAAUCUAAACGGUUAUUAUUGCGGAUAUCAAAAGAUAUAAUAGUAUAAAGAUACAAUGGCAGAAGAUGAGAGGCAAAUUUUAGCAGCUGCUGAAACUUUGCUAAACGAAUCUAUAAACUCCCAAAGAAGUAUAUAUACUCAACAGAAUGUAACGCGAACUCCAGACAUUAUUCUUAGUGAGGAUCUUAUCGCGGGUACUAUGCAAAAUGGAAGAAUGUCCAAUGUCAGACGUUUCUUUUGUCUUUUUGUCACCUUCGAUCUUCUGCUUACUUUUUUAAUGUGGCUCAUUUGCACAAUGAUCGCUGGCGAGAGUUUGGAAUCUGCUUUCAUGAAUCAAAUAGUCCAUUAUCAUAUCAAAACCUCACUCUUCGACAUAGUAUUCGUCGGGGACAGAGAUUUUAAGGAUUUCAUCUUCUCAGAUGGCAGCGAUUUGCAGGUUUACAGUGUUGUUGCUCUUCUAUGCGCUGCUUCAUUUGGAUCAUUGGAUUAUUGUAGCUGUAAGUGUCAUAAUUUGUUAACAACUGCCACAACAUGUGCUUUCUUAAUCACCAAAGUGUUUCUUUUUGAUUGGACAAUAUGUAAUCAACCAGUAUUUCAAGUUCUUCUUAUCCUUACUUCUUUUGUAUUACCUUGGGUGGAAGCAUGGUUUUUUGAUAUUCGUGUAUUACCUCAGGAAACACAAGCUAGAAAUUGGUUUAGAAAUUUCAUAGAUAAUGAAAGAGAACCACUUCUCCGAGGUGUUAUCUCGGAAUCUCGUCAAUAUACGAAUAAUGAACAUGCUGGUACAUUUUUCACACCUAUGGAUUCACCAGACCAUUCUGAUCACGAAGAUGAAAAUACAAGGCCAAGUAGUUCCAGAGGUUUUCUAAAAACGAAUGAAGCAUUUCCAUCUAAACCUUUACCAAAACUUACAUCAGAAAUGAUAGAAGAUUAUAAACGAAGAGCAAAUGCGUUAGUGCAAAAUUGUCAUGAUUUAUUGCAAUCUAAAGAUUGGCAAAUUCAAAAUAUAAUGACAAAUGGCGAUAUCAUAUUUUAUAUAAAUCGUCCUAAGCCAGAAGGAAGAAUUUUAAAAAUAGUUGGAAUGAUUGAAGCUCCAGCUAGUAUAAUUGUGAAUAGAUUAUUUGAUGAAGUUGAAUUAUUACCAACAUGGAACAGGCUUGUUACAGAAUCAAAAAAAUUACAGUACAUUGAUGAAAAUACGGAUAUUGUUUAUCAAGCCACGAGUGCUCAAGGAGGAGGUAUUAUUGGUGCUCGUGAUUUUGUUAUUUUAAGACAUCGUAUUCAUUAUGGUAACUAUUAUAUAAAUAGUGGUACAUCAGUACCUUUAACAUCAUUACCAAAUCGUAAUAACGUUGUCAGAGCUGAAAACAAUUUAAGCUGUUGGGCAGCAGAAAGAUUACCUAACGAAGAAAAUAAAUGUAAAUUUACAUGGAUUAUUAAUACAAAUUUAAAGGGUUGGCUUCCACAAAAAGUUGUAGAUAAAUCAAUGUCUACUGCAUUAAUAGAUUUUAUGUCUUAUAUAAGGAAAUAUAUGGAUGACACACAAAGAUCAACUUAAUACAGUUCGUUCUGAUAAUCACGAUUAAUCGCCAUGGUCUUUCAUAAUCAGUCUGUGGGUUUGUGUAAUUGAAAGAAUUUGAAUUUUUUAUAGUAUUUUUAAUAUUCUGAGAACGCAGUUUUUGGGUCAAAUCAAAUAUAAUUUUCUUAUUGUGUUUUCCAUGUGUUAUAUACUAUUAAUCUAAAUCAAAUGACAAAUGUAGAAAGAGUCUAUGAAUGUCUUUUGUUGGAGAAUUGAUAGACUGACAGAAGGAUAGAAAAAGACUUUUUUUACAUGCUUUGUAUUUCGUAAGCAAAAA